AUGGUUCGACCGGACCCGGCUUCGCGCUGGCUGGCGCGGAGCGUCACGCCGCUGGGUGGCCGAUGCGAUCGCGGACUCUCUCUAAUCGCCGAUUCCCUGCCCAACAGGCCCAAGAGGGCAACGGCACCUAGAUUCGCAACCAAGGUGCCCUCGACAUCACGGAGUGCGUCGACAGCUAGCGGAGCGCCGAGGCCGCGGCCGCGGACGGCCCUCUUCUUUCCCGGUGUUCAGAAAGUAGGCAUGCUCACGCCAUGGCUUGAAGCCUUCCCUGCCACUACAAAACCUCUCGUCGAACAGAUUGACCACUGGAUGGGUUACAAACUAUCAGAAAUAAUACAAAGCGGAACGAAUAAAACCCUGACGGCCACGUCGAACGCUCAGCCUGCCAUUAUGGCCACCUCGAUCCUUAUCCUCCAAGUCCUUGAGAAAGAGUUCGGCUUUGAUAUACCCACGCGGGUUGACGUAACGCUCGGCCACUCCCUUGGCGAGUUCGCGGCGCUUGUAGCUGGGAGGUACAUGGAGUUCGAAGACAGUCUAUAUGUCUGCACCAAGCGCGCCAUCGCCAUGGAAAAGGCGACGCAAAAUGCAAAGGAGAGAUUUGGCGGCGAGUAUGGCAUGGUCGCUAUCGUGACGGAACCGGAGUAUCUUCUUGGCCUCAUCGACGCCGUGAACGACUUUCAACGUCACAGCUCGACCUUUGGAAGCAAGCAAGAGGUUCAGGAGCUGUUAGCCAGGCAGACUGUGGAGACGGUGAGGUGGUGGGACAGCAUUAAGUAUCUAGACCAAGAGUCGCGCGUGCGACGAUGGAUCGGCAUCGGCCCCGGGAAAGUGGGCAGGAACUUGGUUGGUAAAGAGGUGGGCUUGCGAGGCAAGGACGUCGUCAAGGGUGCUGGUGUCUGGGCCAUAACAGCGCCAGAAGACAUUGAAGAGGUUUUGCGAGGCCUAGAGGAAACGGAAGGUGUUCUAGAGGAUCCAGAGGAAGAGAGCUAG